ACCAUCUCCGCACGUGCCACCACACGUGCGUCACACCUGCACACGGAACGACAACAACGACAAAAGCACCAGCAAGACAUGACCGCUUUAACCGAUGUCGUCCGUGCCGCAGGAACACAGCAGCAGCAACAGCUGUUGAACUUCACUCUCACGCGCAUCAACAGCAUUGAGGCUAAGACCUCAGCAGCGGCAGGCUGCACGACAGACACGACGAAACAGCUCAACGAGCGCAUCGAUCACGUCGUCACUAUAAUUGGCGAACUAGGUGAUUUCACUAGUCCGGCCACAAUUAGCGGCAGGGUGGUCGCCAUCAAGACGAGCAUCACCAAGCUCCAGACAAGACCGGACUCCGCUACAAAGAAUUACAAGAUGCCGCACUUCGACAUCAGCAAGUUCGACGACUACAACAAGACGGACGCCUUGACAUGGUGGCAAAGUUUCCUCACGAAAGCAUCAUGCCGCACUGUCCCGGCUGACGACAUGAUGAAGGCGCUCUACUUACAACUGAUUGGAGGAGCGCAGGCAUGGAUGAACCAUCUGGCAGCUACCAAGAAAUGCACCAUCGCCGAACUCCACACGCACAUCACGUGGAAAGAGUUCGAGAAGCUAUGGUUCACUCGGUUCAUGGUCCGCAACGUCGUGAAGGCGGCCAUGAAUGAGGUGUACACCUGCUCUCAAGGGAGUAUGCCAACUCGAAACUGGACAACCAAGUGGCAAAAGAUAGUGACCACGCCAGGCUUCGAUUUGAGUUUUACAAAUCAACGAUCCGAGUUCUUCUCGCGAUCGUGCGCAGGACUGCGAACCGCACUCGGCAACGAGUACGAUUACGCCUCAUUCCAGGCCAUCCUGGAUUGUGCGAACUUGGUCAUCCAAAUGGAUGACAAGGUCGCAAACGAAUGGCAGUCCCAGCCGCAUUAUGUGGCUAGGUCAGACUAUCAACGACUGACACAUAACAAUGUCGUGAUUUAUGAAGAAACAGUCGAUCUCCACGCUGCAGCAGCAUCCUCGAGUGAUGGAGGAAUUGUAUCAGCGCUCCCGCCGAAGCGUCCCAAGAGAGUUCGAAAGAACAAGGCGACACAAGAGACGACAUCGACGGGAACUGGGCAGCAGCCAUGGACGACAUACAAGAUAACCAAGGAAAUCUAUGACCUUCGUCAACGGUACAGAUAUUGCCUUUGGUGCAAUGGAGUCACUCACUUGACCGCACAAUGCCCCGAAAAGGGCAAGGCACGCGUACCUCGUCCAGCUAACUCGGGAAACUGAGUUACGCAAGGAGAGGGGCGACGUCUCUCCUCACUCCGCCAGACGCGGUUGUCU